UGGGGGGGAGGUGUUUGUAGUGACUAGCCCCAUAUCUAAUGGCCAUUGUGAGGGACCUCCCCCCAGCCUGAUAGCUACGGGUCUGGCCAGAGAGCCCUUAAUCCCCAGCAGGCCUUGGCCGUGGGCUCUGAUGUCGGCCCAUCAGUGCACCGCCCCUGCUCCUUGCCUCCCCAAAUGGCCCCCCAGCCAAGGCCAGAGCCGCCUGCCCGCCUGCCUGGCCCAGUGCUGCCUCAGCUGGUCCAGCAUGCUGGGCACCGCUAUCCUGCUGCUGGCCCUGCUCCCAGGGAUGACCACCUUGCCCAGCGAGUCAGCUGGUAUGUACAGGCAAGGGGACGUGGCCCAGCACACGCCAACUCCCGUGUUACUCUUUCUCAGUGCACCCUCUCAUCCACCCCGCCUGGGGGACCGGGGGUGGGUGGGAGGUGGGGUCUGCACCGUCCCCCGUUUUCCAGGUUCUCUGGGAUCCCCAACUUCUUCGAAGUCCCAGCAGCCAGUGUCCCCGUUCCGCGCGGCGCCAGGGCCCAGGCUGCGCCGACCCCUUUUCAGUCUGGAGCUGUCGGACGCGGAGGACGCCUUCCCGCGCCGCGCGGGGCCGUUGGAGGUCCCGGCUGACAGCCGCGUGUUCGUGCAGGCGGCCCUGGCCCGUCCCUCCCCGCGCUGGGGCAUGGCCCUGCACCGCUGCUGGGUGACACCAUCCUCACGCCAGACCCCGGGCCCCGCCCUGGCGCUGCUGCGCGGGGGCUGUUCCGCCGACUCCUCGGUCACCUUCCCGCCACCGCGGCCGCUCCCAGGUGCCGCUCGCCCCGCGCGCUUCAGCUUCCGCCUGCGCCCGGUCUUCAACGCCUCUGUGCAGUUCCUGCACUGCCAGCUGAGCCGCUGCCGCCGCCUCCGGGGAGCCCGCCAGACGCCUGCGCCUCUGACGCUGUCUCCACCGUCGCCGUGUCUGCCUCGGGAUGAGGCGUGCGCGGGCGCCGGCAGUGGCCGCGAUGAGAGUCUGGGUGCCGACAGCCCUCACCUGCACACGCUGACGCAGCCCAUCGUGGUCACGGUGCCGCGGCUGCCCCCCAGUGAGCACGCAGUAGUCCUCAGCGGGGCUCUCUGGGGUCGGGAAGGGGGAUGGGGAGGACAUCUGAGGCAUGAGCCCAGUCUCUGCGUUGUACUCCUCACAGGGCCACCCAAGGGCGUCCCCGGCAGAGUCGUGCGACCCGGGCCUCCCGCGCCGGCCCCGGGGGUCCUGGAGCCCGCGCCGGUGGUAGCACUUGUGUUGGCCGCCUUCGUGCUGGGCGCCGCUCUGGCCGCCGGGCUCGGCCUCGUCUGCGCUCACUCAGCGCCCCUGCCCCCCGGCCCGCCCCCGACAGCCUCGCCCAGCGGCCCCCCGCCCAGCAGGCCCCAGUGAGGCAGGUAAGUGUUGGGGGGAGGGAAGAGGGGGAGUGUAACCUGGGGCCGGUAGGACGGAUGGAGGAGGGAGGUGAUAAUGACUCUUCAUAGCGCGUUCUCUCUGCCAGGCGGAGUACCAAAUGUUUUACGCAUAUUAAUCCUUGUAACAAGCUUCAGGUAGAUACUCCUAUAAUCCCCAUAAUAGAUAUUUAAAAAUGAGACACUCUCUGAAAUUAACUUGCCAAAGAUCACAAAAUUUGGUGGAGCUGGGAUUAGAAAUCACGUAGUGGGUGACUCGCGGCCGACUGAGGGCUUAGUGUCGUAAGAAAGGACCUCAACACCUCAGACAGGCACACUAGGCAAGGAGAAUUCGGGUUUCAGACCUAGCACCCACCCUCGCCCCGGCACACAGACUGAUGGGGCGGCCAAUGAUCGGUUGGGAAGGGGGUGACCUGCCGUAGCGUCCUCUACCCUGCUCAGCCUGAGUCGCCCCUCUCCAGAGAUAGCGCGCCCCCAACAGGGUCCAGAGACAUACCAGCCACAGCCUUGGACCAGGCCCGCCAGGACCUGAGACUCGAUGGGACUAAGAUCCCUGCGCCCCGCGCCCCCUCUUGCUCCUCCUCCCACCCUCCCACCUGGGCUCAGAAUAAACAUCUGGCCUGAACUGCAGCGUUCUGAAGUCUGCGUGCGCGCGUGGCGCGGGGGUGGGGAUUCCGGGGUGGAAAAGGUCCAGACUGGAGGGGUGGAGCUCUGGGGCGGGGCUCAUACGCCCUUAUCUAUACGUGUGCGGUUACCGCCCAGGGGAGCCCCAAGGGCAUUUUGUCCCAGACAAAAAAGGGACACCCAACCCCACCAGCUUAAAUUUAAAAAUAAGCCUCGCCUCCUUCUCCACCCCUGCACCGCCCACCUGCCUUCUCAACCCCAGGAUUUCUCCGCUCUCCACUCCCACCGCCCGGACCCUGCCCUCGCUAGGGCCUCGAGCUCAGGCCUCUGCUCCAGUCUCCUCUCCGUCUAGCCUAAAGGUCCUUAAAUCCCUCCUGCCCGAGCUCCUCCCUCCCCAGAGCAUAGACAAGGGGAUGACUAUUAGCUCCAUUUUACGGUUGAGGAAACUGAGGUUCGGCAAGGCCAAAUCACUUGCUCACCAGUCAGGGCUGGCCGACCCCACAGCCCAGGCUCUUGGCUACAAAGCACAUAAUAGGAGUUUCACAAGACGUAGUUCUGGAAGGGAGGGAGGGCACGAGAUCUAAGAACUUGGCUCCAGUUCACGAAUGAGAUAGAAUGCGGGCGGGGGGUCUCGUUCGCCCCCGCCUCAGUUAGACGCCAGUCUCCCCAUUACUUCCCGGGGAAGCAGUUCACUUCGGCCCGCAAACGCAGAGCCACGCCCCCAUCUACUUCUGCCUCCGCGCGGGGUCUUUUGGCCCCAGCGGCCGCCGUAACCCCGCCCACUAGGGAAACGGCCCCGGAACGACGACACCGCCCUCACCCGGCUCACC